AAACAAAAAUUAGGUACUACACUCGAGAAACUCAAAGUAAAUCCAGAAAAAGCCUUCAAAGAAAACCCUACCCUUCGAUCUUGCUCUCUAAGAACCCUAAAGUCGGUUAUACAAUGUCUUUCAUCAAUGGGAAUACACCGAAACGUAAUGGGUAGAAUCCUCGACAUGCUCCCCGAACUUCUCACCUACGAACCACACGAUGACAUUUACCCCCUUCUCGAUUUUCUUCUCAACGAGGUUCGAAUUCCUUACCCAGAUGUUCAAAAAUCAAUCUUGCGGUGUCCCAGAUUGUUGGUUAGUAGCAUAGAGAAUCGAUUAAGACCUGCACUUUGUUUUUUGAAGGAAUUAGGGUUUGUUGGACCCCACUCUCUCACGUGCCAAACCACAUUGCUUUUGGUUUCAAGUGUUGAGGAUACCCUUUUGCCUAAAGUUGAGUUUUUGAUGGGUUUGGGGUUCACACGUGUGGAGGUUUCGAAUAUGAUUGUGAGGUCACCUGGGUUGUUGACUUUGAGUGUGGCUAAUAAUUUGGCUCCGAAGGUUGAGUUUUUCUUGAAGGAGAUGAAUGGUGAUGUUGCUGAGUUGAAGAUGUUUCCUCAAUUUUUCUCUUUUAGCUUGGAAAGGAGGAUUAAGCCUCGACAUGUUUUGCUUGUUCAGCUUGGGUUGUCGCUUCCUUUGCAAGAGAUGUUGCAGGUUAGUGAUGGAGGGUUUGAUUCUAUGUUGCUUGAAUUGCGAUUACGAGCAUUGGAGGGAAGACACGAGUAGUAGUAGUAGUCAUGGUUUUAAAUAGUGGUUGUGGUCGCAUUGCCAUCCUUGAUUUUGUAGGGAACUACGUUUAAAUGUGGUUGAUGAAGUCUCAAUUGCAAUUGUGAUGUAAUUUCGACAACAGAAAAAAAAAAACUAAGUUGCGGCCUAUACCUUUAUUAAAACCUGGGAUGUUUUUGUAAGAUAAGAGAGAAAGUGUAAUUGUCAUUGUUUGGCUAGAUUACAAAUGUUAACAAAGAUUUGUGCAUAGCUGAUAAGUUAUGUUAGAAAAAAGACUGAGGACAUUUUGCAGCAAUAUGUACCAAUUCUAAUGGUGAAAAUAAGUAAGGACCCAUUUAUAACUUUAUGCAUGUUAUUAUGCCCGUUUAUCAAUCUUGAGUUUCUUUGCUGCAAGUUUUGGGUCGUUAAUAAACACUAGAUUGAAAUGUACAAGAAUUUUUGAAUUCUAUGGAAUAUAAUAUCAACUGAUAA